AUGAAGGAAACGUUGUUUUUGUCGAAAAAUUACUGUAGUAGUCGCCGGAAAAACUCAAAGUGUGCCUCACGCGCCGGCGCAUGGGCGUCAGAUCUUCGCAAGAGAAAUUCGUCCGGCGGCGCAUGGGGGCGCGUGCAGCCUGUUCUGCCGGAGAUUUUUUGUUGGGUUGCUUGCCGAGCUCUAAUCUACUUUCCGACUAUUUUUGCCGGAAAAAAGGGCUUCUGGUUGACUGUUUUCUCUUCCCGGAGUCGCUGGAAUUUAUGCACAGCGUUAAAUUUCUCCUGCUGGCUAUGGUUCAAAUCAUUCCAAUGUCGUGGUGGUAUUAUUGGUGUGACUCAACCACGCCAUGUUGCAGUACUUGCAACUGCCAAACGAGUGGCAUUUGAGCUUGGUUUUAGUCUUGGCAAAGAGGUUGGUUUCCAAGUUAGACAUGACAGGAGGAUAGGAGACAAUUGCUCCAUAAAGUUCAUGACUGAUGGAAUUUUGCUUCGGGAACUGCAGAAUGAUUUUCUUUUAAGGCGUUACUCGAUCUUAAUCUUGGACGAGGCUCAUGAGAGGAGUUUGAACACUGAUAUACUUAUCGGUAUGCUUUCUCGUAUAGUAAGAGAGCGUCAGAGAGAAUAUGAGGAGCAACAAAAAAAAGUUCUUUCAGGACAAACGGUAAGCCCUGAAGAGAGAGUAUAUCCACUGAAACUUGUGUUGAUGAGUGCUACACUUCGAGUUGAGGACUUUAUAUCUGGGCAAAAAAAUCUCCGUGAUCCUCCGCCUGUAAUGGAAGUCCCCACUCGCCUAUACCCAGUUACUGUUCAUUUCUCCAAGAGAACUGAGAUGGUGGACUAUGUCGGCAAAACAUAUAAGAAAAUAUUAUCAAUUCACAAGAGAUUGCCACCUGGUGGUAUACUUGUAUUUGUGACAGAGCAAAGGGAAGUUGAAUACUUGUGUCAGAAGCUGCGCAAAGCUUCUAAGGAGAUAGUUGAGAGAGCUUCCAAAUUGGAUAAUCAGACGUCUUUGGUUCUGAAGGGAAUACCAUCGAGGAAAAUGUUAUCAAGGAGAUAAGUGAGGCAUUUGAUGAUGAAAGGAGUUCUAUGACUGAGAUAACUGAACGUUUUAAUUCCUAUGAUGAGGAUCACGGGGAGAUCUAUGAAUGUGAAUCAGAAAUUUCCUACGAUUCAGCAGAUGAUAGUGAUUUGGAUGUUUAUGGUGAUGAUGCACAGUUGUUAAACCAGAAGUCUCUGAGCUCUGAUGGUAAGUUAAAUGUUUUAGGUGAGGAGGGAAGCCUUACAUCACUGAAGGCUGCUUUUGAAGCUUUGGCUGGUAAAAGGACAUC